AAUAAUAGAUUGUCAAAGUCGCGCGGUUCGUAAUGAUAAAUGCUUUUUUUUGCACUGACUAAUUAAAGAAAAUGUCAGUCUUGUACAGUCAAAUUGAGAGUUAUCAAUCAGUAUUGAUAUGUUUCGUUAUGUCAUUCAUGUAUGUCGGUAGUUUGUACGUUUGGAAAAAUAACAACAAACAGAAAAACCGUGACCAUCCGGAUGUUAUACGACUAAGAUUCAUUAGUGUUACAGCCGUUUGUGUGUUAGCUAUUCCCAUUGUGUGGUUCUUUGGUUCGCCAUCCACAAGUCCUGAGGCCCAUACUGUGUUAGAAUGGAUUGGUAUACGUCUAUCAGGUCUGAUAACAGCCUUAGUUUUACCCUUGGUACUGACCAUGGUGCUGUUCAUGGGGCCACUGUUCUUGCAUUACAUGGAUGGGGUGUUCCGACUGUACCUGGAACCACAGUACUGGAUCAAGAGCAGUAAAAACUACAUCUGGCUGCGAAAUCACGUUGCCGCCCCAAUCUCAGAGGAGUUUAUUUUCCGUGCCUGCAUGUUGCCGUUUCUAGUCCCGCAGUUCGGAGAAGGCUGGUCGAUCAUCUUGUGUCCGCUGUUCUUUGGAGUCGCCCACCUUCACCACCUGAUAGAGAGAGUGACCCAUCAGAACGAGGAAGUAAAAGAUGCACUCAAGAAGUCCCUGUUUCAGAUGGCUUACACUACAGUGUUUGGGGCAUACUCAGCAUUUCUCUUCAUAAGAACAGGUCAUCUGAUAGCUCCGAUACUCGCCCAUGCAUUCUGCAAUCACAUGGGUUUUCCGGCCUUUAACGAGGUCUUUGCAUACGAAGACAAGAGAAUAAGAAGAAAAAUCAUGGCCGCUUUUGUAGCUGGGCUACUGCUAUGGAUGUACCUCCUCUUUCCACUUACCUCUCCAUUCCUUUACUCUAAUGAUGUUUAUCAUUACUAAUUAAACUGUUAUUAGUUAUAGCAUUAUAGAAUAUGCAUUUAGUUUGUUUCAUAGCACUGCCAUAUUUAUAUGAAUAGUGUACAGUUACCUUGGCGUAUGGUGUCCGCCUGGAGACGGAGAGGUCACAUGUUUGAUCCUCACUGUGGGAGCAUUCUUUAGAUCUCCCCGUAUGACAUCAAGUACUGACUCUAUCAAGGACAUGGACUACAGAGUGUUUCAAUAAGACGUAGGUUUUUCAUGCAAUUAGCAUAUUUUCAAACAAGCCAGGUUUUAUUAUUUUUUAUUGACACGUUACCUUAAAAGGCAUUAUUUUAAUUAUCCCACGCAAAAGGCAGAUGGAUAUAGAAAAUUAUAAUUGGUGUUGUCUGUCCGUCUGUCACAAAACUUUUCAGGGCUAUAUCUCAGAAACUGUAUAAGAUAUCAACAUGAAACUUCAUUGGUGUAUAGAUAUCAAUCAGGAGAAGUGUCAUGCACAAGAACCAUAACCCUACACUUUUUAAAUAAAAUUAAUUGCUCUUUGUUUUUUAUGAUGUAUCUUUUCAGGGCUUUGUCUCUGAUAUGAUUCAAUAUUCCACCAUUAAACUUCGUGGGUGUGUAUAAAUUAAUGUGAAAAAGUGCCAUUCCCAAUAACAAUUACCCUACACUUUCUUAAAUAAGAGUUAUUGCCAUUUGUUGUUCUUGUAUGAUGUAGCUUUUCAGGGCUAUAUCUCAGAUUCACCACAACGUUUCAACAUGAAACUUCAUGGGUGUAUAGAUAUCAAUGAGAUGAGAAAUGCAAUGCACAUUAACAAUUACCCUAUGAUGAAUACUUUUUUUGGAUUAUACUGUAUAUUCAUAAACAAUGUAUUUGCUGGGGGAUAUCAAUUCAACAAAUUUGCUUGUUAUUCAUUAAAGGUUUGAGCAAUAAGGACAAGCUCAUACAUUAUGUCUAUUCUUUUGGGUUCUAGGCUACAUUGAUAUUGAAACUUAAGAUGCCAUUCAAAUAGUAUUAGGUACUGAUAUUUAUAAAUAUUCCAUAGUGAACUCUGUCAUAUUUUAUUUGACUAUUGUUUGUUUGGUUGUUUAGAUGGAUUUUCGAUGUUUUUAAUAGUUCUGCAGUCAUUGCACAGCCAUCAGUCAUCUAAUUCACACUUUUCCUGAUUUACCAGUAUGGCUUGUAAAUACUUGUGUUAGUAAAUAACACCUGUCCUACUUGAAUCAGACAUAGAGUGAGAUAUGUUGUAGAAUUGAUUUUAUUAAUACGUGAUAGCUGUACUGAAUAUGGGCAAGGGAUGGAACCUGUUUUAUGGCCAGACACAUAAUUGUUUGUAAAUUAUUCUGUUAAUUUUUUUGGGGUGGGGGGGGGGGGGGCUUGAGGCAAAAAAUAAUAUUAAAAAAAAUGUUUUUGUUGGAUCACAGCAUAGAACAUUCUACAGGCCUUUUUACAUUAGAAGUUUAAAAUCUUUGUUUCUUUCAAAUUUAUUAUACAUCUUGUGUCAAAGUAAUGGGGGUAUACUGAAUUUUCCACAGGUGUCUAUCUGUCAAAUUUACAAACUUCUAUGACAAUGUACUCAAGUGUAUUCAAACUUUAUUGGAUUGUCCCUUAUGAUAUGUAGUUGUGCAUGUUCAAAUUUUAUUAUAAAUCCUAAAUUCCUCAUGUUAUGCCCCUGGGAAGUGUUCAUGUCAACCACUGUGACAAUCUCUGGUCACUUCCAUAGACGUACACGAAUGGAAGGAUUAGAAUGAUUGGAGCCUCAAUCUCGGAAAAUGGGGCUCAAUGCAGGCCUUUACAAGAGACUUCCUUUAAAUAAAAAUUUCAUAAAAGCGGAAAUUGUCAUCCCUCAUCUAGCAUGAUACUGUAUUCGCAUGCAUUAUAAGCACCCCUUCCCAAAGCUAGGAUAAGUUCUAUGGUUGUUGAUGUUUGUUUUUUUUUGGGGGGGGAUGCUUGUUCAGAGUCCUCACAUGUUGUUAAAAUAAUUUAAAGCAGAGAAAUUCUCAUGUCAUGUAGUGUAUAAAGCAGUGUAAAUGGAAUCAUAUUUACAUAGAUGGCAGCCUGGGUUGACUUACCAAGCAUCUUAUUAAAUUCUGAGCUUGGUAUCGUCUCAAGUUUUAAUAUUUUAAGUACAAUCUUCCAUGGGAUAUCCUUUAUUUUCUGCUUACAAAAUAAUUACAUCCUUUUGCAAUAUUAACUUGUUCAAAACAGUUUAAUGUAAAAAGAACUAUACAUGAAAUGACCAAUAUGUUGAGGAAUUUUAUACAUGUACUGUAUUUGCUUUUGUUCUUAUUUUAUUUUCGUUUUGAUUACAUGUUGUUGUUGCAUAUUUAUUAUCUGCUUUUGUAUUUUUGUGUAUUUCUUCAAAAUUCUAUUUUUUUCAUGGGCAAUUGCAGUUAAGAAUAUUGAUAUUUUUAGAUAUUUUCUUGACCUAUAAAAAAGGAGUUAUACAUAGCCAAACUGUGUAUCAUUGUUGCAAACUCUGAAAUAAAAAACUUAAAUAGCAAUAAUUCCAAGUCGCUUGAUAUUGUAUGUAUCUUAAGUUACCAUCACCGUUUGUAAUUACUGUUACCAAAAUACUGAUAUUAGUAUUAGUUUACCGGUACCUUUGUUAACCAUUCAGUGGUUAUUUUCGCACACACCUCAGUUUCACAUUUAAAUGUCUUUAUUUUUAACAAUGCAUUUAUUAUUAGUUAUUUCAAAAUUAUUGUUGCUAUGUCUUGUUUAAAUAGCUACUUAUUCUGCUUUUUAUUUACUCUUUGUAGUUGUUUGAACAUAUUAAAGCAUUAAAAAAGAAUAUCCCCAUACACUCCAUUUUGGAUUGUUACAGACUAUUAAAAGGGGCAUAAUCAAUUAUAGAUAUGCUAUAACAUUUUCUGAAAAGAAAAAAAGAAUUUAAUGAAUGGUUGCUUAACACAUAUAUGUAUUUUAUUAUACGCUUGUAUAAUGUUUAUGUUUAUAAAUAUUAAAUGUCAAGUAAAUACUUUUUGAAUGCAGGGGGAAAAAUGCUUCGUGGUAAAAAUUUUUUUAUAAAUGUAGGUCCUUGGUACAUUAUUGAUUUAUUUUUUGGUAGAAUUUUUUUUUGUUUGGAGGGGGGGGGGGCGUCUUCAAAUACAACUUUUUAUUAUACAGGGUAAAUUAUCGAUAAGCUUUUGUAGCAUUUUUUCAGAGGUUGGGGUGCGGUGGGGGGACUUUCAAAAAAGUGUUUUGUUCAUUAUUGGACUUGAUACAAUUUGUAUUAUGAAGCAUACUAGUCAGCAAUGUGUUCGUUAUCACAACAAUUUAAGUGUAAAAUUAAUUUUUUCAUAUUACCAUUAUUUUGUCAUAUUAUAUUUUAUGCAUUUGAUAAAUCUUGUUUUAAAUUAGUUACUCAACCCUGUGCUUAAGACGUUUUGAUAGACAGGUACAUUGCUGCUUUUUUAACCAGGUUUUCCGAAGGAAAAAACUGGUUAUUAGAUUGGCGAAUGCGGGCGGGCGGGCUGGCUGGCUGGCUGGCUGGCGGGCUGGCUGGCUGGCUGGCAGGCUGGCGGAACAAGCUUGUCCGGGCCAUAACUAUGUCGUUCAUUGUCAGAUUUUAAAAUCAUUUGGCACAUUUGUUCACCAUCAUUGGACGGUGUGUCGCCCGAAAUAAUUACGUCGAUAUCUCCAAGGUCAAGGUCACACUUUGAGUUCAAAGGUCAAAAAUGGCCAUAAAUGAGCUUGUCCGAGCCAUAACUAUGUCGUUCAUUGUCAGAUUUUAAAAUCAUUUGGCACAUUUGUUCACCAUCAUUGGACGGUGUGUCGCGCGAAAUAAUUACGUCGAUAUCUCCAAGGUCAAGGUCACACUUUGAGUUCAAAGGUCAAAAAUGGCCAUAAAUGAGCUUGUCCAGGCCAUAACUAUGUCAUUCAUUGUGAGAUUUUAAAAUCAUUUGGCACAUUUGUUCACCAUCAUGGGACGGUGUGUCGCACGAAAGAAUCUUGUCAAUAUCUCCAAUGUCAAGGUCGCCACGACUAAAAAUAGAUUUUUUUAAAAAACAAACUUACAAAGGGGGUUAAUUUUGUUUGUUCAUUUCAAAAGUUCAGUUUGAGUUUUCUCCCUUUAUCAGAUUUUUUUUUCACAAUGAAAACCUGGUUUUGUGACAAUUUUGUCCCUUGUUUUUAUAUUAAAUUGUACAUUGCUUGAGAUUGUGUCAAUUUAUACUAUAACUUUAGUGAAAUAAUUCACAUCAAUUAUCUUACAUAUUUACUAAAUGCAUUUCUGAAUGUAAGUAGAAAGUAAGUAGAAAAUAAACAACAUCCCUUUAUGACUGAUAUGGCACCUGUUUUCAAGGGUCUUGUUUCUUACAUUUUAAAAUUUACAUGUUAAUUGAGAGCAAGCAUUUUUCACUAUGGAAUAAUUAAGGAUAAUGCAAAUACUCCCAGGAUUGUUGUAAUGUGUUAGCUGUCACAAUUGACAGAUUCGUAAACAUAUGAUAUUUGUAAGCAGUAUUUACACAUAUUAGAUGUCAAACAUGUAUUGUUCCUUGUUUUAAGAGGCAUAUUGAUGGUAUUUCCACUAAAUGUAUACAUGUAUUUAAGCAAUAAAUAUUUCCACUUUUCAAGGAGAUAUGUAUCUGGCAUAAAUGAUAUGUUGAUGAAAUACAUAAAAAAUUAUAUAUUUAACUCACACCUCCAAAAAAGUUGCAUCAAAACAAUUUAACCACAAUUUAGUCCAUUUAUCGCGAGUUUGCAUGCUUAUUUAUUUCGUGUACAUUCUUUCAUAUUGAUUUUACCUAUGAUACAAAGGGUGCUCGCUAAGUGUCCCUGGAGAAAACUGUUUUCAUUUAACAAAUAAAUGGUUAAUGGAGCUUUCAUAAAUACGAGACAUGUGUCAGACAAUCAUUUAAUAUAUAGAUUUUAAAGAUCAUAUUAUUUAUUAAAAUAUAAUGCAGUGCUUAUUGUCGAUAUGCCUCUUUAUUUGACAUUAUUAAUGUACCAGUAUUAUGUAUUCGUCUGAUUGUUUGGUUUGGUACCUUGUAAUGGGUAAUUAUGAAAUAACAAAAAUAUACACUUUUUCUCACCUUUAAGGUGGAUUGAACUGUUCAGACUGAAAAGACAAUUAAAGCGAUUAAAACAAUUUCCUACUAUAUACACACUAGAAUGAUAUACGCUCCUUUUAAAGUUAUCCAGUUUAUUUAAGUGUCCUAGAUUUUGUUAUUCAUAUUCCUUUUUUCUUGCAAUAUUGUUUUCUUGUAUGAAUUAUAGCAUUAAGCAUUUAAUAAACUGUGAAAUUUAA